AUGUUGAAUUCAGUCAUAACAUUUACCCCCCAGAAACUUGAAAAAAUCAAUGACCUAAGAAACUUGGUGGAAGAUUCUCUCAAUCUCUCUGUGGGAACGGAUGAUAUCUUCUUGGCGAAAUUUUUAUCUUUUAAAAAUUGGCAUCUUGAAAGGGCCUAUGUGGCCAUACAUAACUAUUAUGAUUUCAAGGCUGACAAUCCAGAAUGGAUGGCCCACCAUCAUCCGGCACAUUUUCGUGAACAAUUUCUGAAUGUGGCAGCAAGAUUUGUAAUGCCACAACCGGAUAAAGAGGGUCGUCCAAUUCUGAUAAUAAAAUUGGUGGAUGCCUUCGAAAAAUAUCCCAAUUAUUUAUUGGAUAGUGCUGAAAUGGAAGACAUAAUAUUCGAGUCUCUGUUAUUAUUACCUCAGACCCAGGAUAAUGGUUUGACGGUUAUUUUCGACAUGACAGGAUUUAACUUGAACUUUUUACCCUAUGUGGCACCACGCAUUACCCGAUUGAUUCAUCAAAAGGAUAAAAUUUUACCCUUUAAGCAGCGUUAUGUCCAUUUCAUUUUAGGCGGUGCCUUUAUGAGUGCCAUAACCACACUUUUGAUGCCGCUGAUGCAUAAGGAGUUUAAGGAAAAUACCUACAAUCAUGAUGGCAAAAAUUUCGACAAACUACGCAACAUGAUUGGCUAUGAAAAUUUACCAGCAGAUUAUGGUGGUCCCGAAACGAAUCAAUUGGAUGUAAAUCUUUUGUGGAAUCAUAUUGAGAAACAUUCAAAUUAUCUGUAUAAUUUACAACAAUAUCAUAAGAGAAAACGUAAUUGA